GAUAAUGGCAAAUUCAACAAACUCGCGCAAAUAGAUGCUGGUUUUUAUUUUGAAAAAUAACAACUUAUAUAAUCUUUUAUCAAUAAUUUCCAAAGCAUUGUUCUUCAGCGAAGCCUUUGUUUAUUUUAGGCAUGCGGGUUGACAUUAAUGAUGAAAGAAUACGGUUGAAGAUGUCGCUUAGGCCUAACAGAAGCUUUUAUCUAAUAGGUUCCAAUGUUCGCCGAUGUGACUAAUCCGUAAUAUAAACUGGAAGCAAACGCAAGCUACAAUCAAAGAUGAAAAGAUGGACUCUCAGUAAUUGAUAAAUUUGAUUUUGUGAAAAAGCUCCUAUUGUAGAUAUUGAGCAGUUGCUCUGUGGAAGCUCAAGGCGGCAGUUUAAUGUUGUUUUAAUAACAAAAUGGGGAUGGCAAAAUAUCAAUAUAGUUAGUUUUACAGCCUUCUAUACGGAGCCGAAAGAAUCUCUACAGAUUCAUAACUAUUUGUCGUAUAGUGACACAAUCAUUACUCGGAGAAUUAGAUGUCUGUAUUCGGUGAUUAAAGAUGAGAAUUUUUAUUUUACUUCUUGUGCGAUACACGUGCGCCUUUCAGGCGGGGGCACUGGUCGAAGAGGAGCCUAAAAUGCCUUUAUUUGAUAAAACCACUUUAAACAUCACAGCUGUUGCCGGGGAAACUGCAAUCUUGCCUUGUAGUGUAGAAAGGAAGGGCGAUGAGCAUAAGAUAAUAUGGCUGAAUCCGAGGAAGACCCUAAUCAGUAGAGAAGAUAGUCGAUUUAUUGACGACUCCCGUAUUAGUGUAGAACGGCCAAAGGUGCGGGACUGGAAUUUAAUGAUUCGUGAAGUUCGUUACAACGACAGUGGAGAAUAUAUGUGCCAAAUUAACACAAAACCACACGUCGAAAUCAAAAGAAUUAACCUCUUUGUUAAAGUUCCACCAGAGAUUUUAGAAUACUGGACAAGCACAGAGAUUGAGGUCAUUGAAGGUACCACAGUAGAUCUUAUGUGCAAUGCAACCGGAGUUCCUAUCCCCGUGGUCACGUGGUAUAAGCAAAGCAAUCUGUUGAAAGGUGCUGAUCAAAAUGAUGGCGGUGAAGAAAGUACACUUAUUGGUGAGGUGUUAAUCUUGCACAAUAUCAGCCGGUAUUGUGACGGGAUAUAUGAAUGCAAUGCAGAAAAUGGAGUCCUUCCAAUGGCUACAAGAAAAUUUGAAGUCACAGUUUUAUUUCCACCUGAAGUGGACGUGCCUACAAAACGUAUAGGGCAAUCCAUAGGCAAGGAAACGAUUUUACAAUGCAAAGUAUCGGCCUCGCCUCAAGAGUCUAUCGUGUGGACUAAAAACGGAUCGGCUUUGCCCCAGAAGUACAAAUACUGGACACAGCUGUAUGAUGAAGGACAUCACGAGAAAACUUUAAAUCUGAAUAUAAUAGACAUUGAUAAAGAUGACUUUGGUUACUAUACAUGUGAAGCCUCCAAUACUCUUGGAAGAGACAGUGAAACCAUGAUUUUAUAUGAAUAUAAGAUAAUAACACAACCACGCCCCAGAAUUACGACGCCUCCGUGGAGACCAUCACCAAGAACAUCACAGGACUACGACCCUAACAUAAUAACUCCGCAUUACUACCCUGGUAGCAGAGGACAAGUGGGCAGUGUAUACUACAACUACAAUUCAGUAGCAGUGUCAUCUUGGACCAACUGUGAUGGUGUGCUUAUUGUUACUUUUGUGUUUGUGUGUUUUAUCAACCAGUUUUCUAUGGGAUGAAUGUGCUACACUUCAUAAUAUAGACAGCGGGUACUAAAAGCAUUAAGUCCAAAUACUGCGAAAUUGAUCUAAAUUAACUUGAGCUCUAUAUUUCUGCCCGCGUGUGCGAGCGCACGCGCGCGUUUGUGUUACAUUUGGUAAUUUUAGCGAAUGUGUUCUUCAAAUUUAUACGUCAGUAACUACAAAAAUACAUGGCUAUAGCAAGAAUGAAAAGUCGCAACGUAUUCUUGGUGAAUGCAUUUUGAAAACUUCACCAUGACAACAAUUCUACGAGAAAUCAAUUCGGUUAAAGAUGAAAAUAUAACGUGUGAUUACUGUGACUACUGACUAAAGGGUUAACUGGAAUUUAAAGCAGAAGCCAGUAGCAUCAGAGAGAUAAAUGGCAAAAUUACAGUAUACAGUGCGUUUUGGACUGGCCAGGUCCUUUCUCCACGUAUUGCUGAGUUUCUGUGCGAGAGCAUUCUUUAGUCUUGUCUUUAUCAGAAAGUGGUGAAUCGCAGUUUGAUAAUUCGUUUUGAUCAGUGGCACUGUUACAUUUAAACUAUUGUAUACUGAAACGAACAGCUAACCCCCAUUUCUUAUUUUGCCAACAGCUUUAAUAUUACUAAAGGUACUUUUUGCAAUCUUGCGUACAACCAGAGCAAAAUGACUACAAAACCAAAAAAUAACAUCAUAUCAAUUUACUCGUUUUAAAAAAUCAGUCCAUUUUAAAAAUAGGCUGUGGUAGUAAAAUGAAUAUAAUCAAUGUUCUCGUAAUCUGUUAAUAUGUUAUUAAUAAUGUUGUUCUAAUAUAUGUAUUUAAAAGGGAGUAUUAGAAGUCUUUUUUAAGAUAUAGGCAAAGUAACAAAUGGCUGGUUAGCUGCUUUGUACAGGCAUGAUUUAUUGAAAGCGAUUUCUAGUAGAAACGUGAUAAAAGACGAAUUGUUGAUAGUGUAUGUGGAGACAGAUAUCAAGUAUGUGUGAAUGUGGGAAAAUGUUUCUUUGUUUUCGCAGACAGGUGUUUAAAACGCCAGAUUUCUUUAUUUAAAAAAAGGGAAACACUAGCUUGCACGAGUUUUAAGGUUAUAUAUUUGUUUCUGUCACUUAAAAUGUAAGUUUUGCUGUCGGAUGUUAGACUUUUACAUGCAUCGAUAUGGCUAAAAUGUUUUAAUUAAAAAUUGAUUGUGAGUGACUGGCGAUCGGAAAAUGCUAUAAGCUAUAUUGUGUUUUGGCAGGUGUUAUUGUCUUGUCUAUAGGUAGUACUUUGUAACAAUGUGAAGAUCCCUUACAUUCAUUUUGAUGUAAACUAUAAGGACUUACUAUGUAUGUUUUCUUUAGAAAACAAUCAUUAAUUUCACGAUGCUAGAAUUGUUUUACAAUUUAUGAUCUGUUUCCACUCUUUCAUGUGUAUAUAUGUGACACUAAUAUGCUUACCUCUGAUCAUAUGAAAUAAAUGUGUAUUUAAAUUGUUUUAUUAUGUAACGUAUACAUGUAUAAGCAUUUUCAAUCAGCAUUACUUUAUUUAUCAAAAUGUUGUUAUACUCCUUCAUUGUAUACAAUAAUAUAUAAGCGUACAUGUAUGUCUGAAUAUGUAUUAUAUGAAGUACGGAAGAUUUUUAAAAUGGAACCUCUGUUUAGUAUACGUUUAUGUAUUUCUUUAUCUAUCACGAUUUCUGUACAGCGAAUAUCAGAAAUUGUGAUGACAAACUCGUAUGAGCUUAACCAUAAUAAUGAGCGCCAAACAGUACUCCAUAAAAGAUAUAGAAAUAAAUACAAGAAUAUUUUUUCAACCAGAGCUCCGCCAAACGGAGCACAAUACGGCCGUUCUAAAUCAAGUUAAUAUGACCUUGACCUUUGCGUCACUGACAUAACAACUGAUUUUUUUUCCAAAUGGUACUUACAGCUUUAUUUGACGUUUUUAUGUAAUUCUGGGAUUCAGUAGAGUAUGGAGCUUUAACUGAUUUUUAUCAAUUCUUACUUUAAAACUGAAACAUGGAUAUUUAUUUCACCAUGGUUGUCUCAUCUAGUUGUACUAACUGUUAAGCCUUGAUUUUCAAUUCGUUGUGUAAUGUAUUUGAGUAGUGGAAGAGUAUAUUAUGAUAAUUUUAAUUGUUUGAUAAUUUAUCUGU